AUGGAUCUUUCGUGUAAUUAUAUAAGAGGUAAUAUUCCUACUUCAUUUGCCAACUUAACCAAGCUUUCUAUAUUGUACCUCUAUGAAAAUGAAUUCACUGGUGGGGAUGUAGAAAUAGUAUUAGCCAAUUUAACCGGCUUGACCUACAUAGACCUCAACUCAAAUCACUUCAAAUCCUCGUUUCCCUCAUUUUUGCUCAAGAUUUCUUCGUUAGUAGCAAUUGCUUUAGAUGAAAACCUAUUUGAGGGAACUCUUGAUUUCGGGAAUACCUCUUCAUCAUCUAAGCUUGAAGUUUUAAAUGUUAGGGACAACAAAUUUGAUGGGCUAGUUCCAGAAUCUAUAUGGAAACUACACAAUCUCAAUACUUUAGAUCUUAGCCAUAACAAUUUCAAAGGGAGAGUCCCUAGUUCAAUAUCCAAAUUGAAUCUCAUUUCCAUUGAUCUUUCCUACAAUAAAUUUGAAGGUCAAGUACCUCCUCAUUUAUGGAAAGUCCAGUGGAGACCGUCUAAGGAUGAGUCGGGCUCUUUAAAGCUUUCUCAUAAUUCGUUCAACAGUUUUGGUAAACCAGUGGAAGUUAUCGAUGGAGCCCUAGUAGAGUUGGAUCUUGGGUCAAAUUUAUUCCAAGAAACAUUUCCCCAAUGGAUAUGCAAGUUCAGAAAUUUAACUAAAUUGGAUUUGUCCAACAACCGUUUUUCUGGUUCGAUUCCUCAAUGUUUGAAGAAUUUCACUAAUCUUCGAGAGUUAACUCUCAGAAACAACAGUUUAAGUGGACUUCUACCAGAUUUAAAUGCCUCUGAGUUACGCUCACUCGAUGUCAGCCGUAACAAUUUGUUGGGGAAACUUCCAAGAUCUUUGAUCAUUUCCGUGGAAAUGGAGUUUCUGAAUGUGAAAGGAAACAAGAUCAAGGACACGUUUCCUUUUUGGUUGGGAUCUCUUCAGGUCUUAAAUGUUCUCAUGCUCGGAUCAAAUGCAUUCUACGGUCCCGUCUAUAACCCCUCUACCUAUUUAGGGUUUACGAAUCUGCAGAUCAUUGACAUAUCCAAUAACAAUUUCGUUGGAUCAUUGCCACAAGACUAUUUUUACAACUGGACAAUAAUGUCAUUGGUGUGGAGUGGUUAUGAGUCUUUGCACAUCCCAGAGUUUGGAUAUAUGGGAGAUGAAUCGAUUAAUAUGGUGUAUAAAGGAGUUGACAUGGACUUCGUUCGAAUCUUGAAAGGCUUCAAAGCCAUUGACUUUUCUGGAAACCGGUUUUCGGGACAUAUCCCAACAUCCAUUGGUCUAUUGAGCGAACUCAACCUUCUCAACUUGUCAGGCAAUACAUUCGCAGGCAACAUCCCACCAUCCUUGACGAAUAUCACAAAGCUUGAGAUAUUGGACCUAUCACGAAAUAACUUGUCAGGUGAAAUUCCUCGUGGUCUCGUAAAUCUCUCGUUUUUGUCAUACAUAAACUUCUCCAACAAUCAUCUACAAGGAUUGGUUCCACAGAGCCCACAGUUUGGAAGUCAAAAUUGUUCUUCAUUCAUGAAUAAUCCAGGAUUAUAUGGCUUCGAAGAAAACUGUGCAAAAAACCGUGUCCCUGUUUUGCAUCAGCCCGACGAAUCUUUGACGUCGGACCCGGAUGAGCCAGUACUGAAUUGGAAAGUAGCCGCGAUAGUAUUUGGACCUGGUGUGUUUUGUGGAUUAGUGAUUGGACACAUCUUCACUUCAUACAAGCACGAGUGGUUUAAUUAUAGCUGGUUAAUCUUAUCUUUUAAAGGUUUCGUCAAGUUUGUACUCCGGUAA